AAGUGGUGCCCUUAGACUGACGUUAAUGACACAAGCUUUUCUGGCAUGAUUGCUAAAACAGUUGGUCCUCAUGCUUACUCAGGAUAACAACAGCUGUGCACAAAGCGGAUGCCAAGGGGUGAGUUCAUCAAGAGCCAUCGGUCGGGGGCUUUUCAGCUGCCAAAUACUCGUGUUUCACUCUACUCGUUUGCCCGGAAAAACCCUUCAUCUCCAAGAAUCCAUCCAAAGCAUGGUGAGGGAGAAAUCUGCUCUGGGAAUGCAGGAUCAAUGAAUAACCAGGACCGCAAAGAAAAAAAGGAACUGAAAAGCCGAGGGCCUUAGUGACCGGAAGUGGCGAAGCGAGAGGAGGUGAAAAGGCUGGAGCAAGGGAAGUGACGCAAGCGCCCGCUCUAAGGCGACACGAGGAUGGUGCGCACGCGCAGUGGAAUCGCUCUCCUCAAGAGUACCACUCUGGGCUACCCGGCAGGCUGAGCUUCCUCGAGGAUUCCGCUGGGUCCUAAGAGUAGGUGGUGAGGGGAGAGAGCAGAGCUCCAGAUAUGGAUUCUUUCAGUGAGGAAUUAAUGAGGCCUGUGGAAGAGGAUGAUCAAGUAGAAGCAUCAGUAGGCUCUGGACCAGAAAUAUAUUUACCUUGGCUUUCUCAGCAUGUUCAGAGUACAGUGAGUCGUGGCUGUAAGGGGACAAAUUUUGCUCAGACAACAAGCAUUUGUUUAAACUUCAUACGGGAAGCCCUGUUGAAACAUCAAUGGCAACGAGCCUCUGAGUUCCUGCAGUGUUAUCUCCAGACCUUGGAGGACUUUAACAGCCAGAAACGGCAGGUGGCCCCAGAGAACAUUUGGAAAUUGGGAAGUGAAAUUUUAUAUCACCAUCCCAAGAGUAAUAUUGAGACCUUCAGUGCCUUUGCUGACCGGAUGAAAAAUAUUGGUGUCCAGAAUUAUUUAAAGAUCUCUUUACAACAUGCGUUAUACCUUCUGCAUAAGGGAAUGGUUGAGGAUGCUUACAGAAAUCUAAACCAAGCAGAAAGCUGGAGAUACGGUGAAAUGUCUGCAUCCCAAGAAAAAUUAAUUAAACUUAUUCAGGCAUAUAGAGGACUUUUGGACUAUUACACAUGGUCUAAAAAGAGGACUGAACUGUCCAGAUUUGAUACAGACGGUUUUGCCACCAAUGCAGCAACCCAGGACAUGCACAGCUACUUCCGACAGGCAUCAGUAAAUCUUCAUGAGAUCAUUAAAAUCCCUGGAAUAUGGGACCCUUUUGUAAAGAGUUAUGUAGAGAUGCUCGAAUUCUAUGGAGAUCAAGAUGGAGCCAGACAGGUGCUCAAUGAUUACGCAUAUGAUAACAACUUCCCAUCUAAUCCAAAUGCUCACAUCUACUUAUACAAAUUUUUGAAGAAAGAAAAGACACCAGAAGAUAAAUUGAUUAAUGUACUUAAGAUUUUGCAUCAGAUUGUGCCUUCUCAUAAGAUUAUGCUAGAAUUUCACACAUUACUUAGAAAGUCUGAGAAAAAAGAACAUCAGAAAUUGGGGCUAGAAGUUAUAUUUGCAGUCUUGGAUUUUUCUGGUUGCACAGAGAACAUAACUGCUUGGAGCUACCUGGCAAAGUACCUGAAACAGAUAGUGAAGGAAAAACAUAUAGACUGGGUUCAAGAGGCAUGGAGUUCUAGAAAGGACUGGUGGCCCACAUUUCACUUCAGUUACUAUCUGGCAAAAAAGAAUUGGAAAGAAAAUAAGAUCCUGGCAGUGAAAAAAGCUUUCACAUCUGGAAUACUGCUGGGAAAAGGUUGCAAAUAUUUUAUGUAUGUUUGUAAACAAGGUCGUAAAGUCCAAGAGAAAAGUAUUAAAACAAUGAAGAGAUUUGUGAUGAAACACAAUACCUUAAAUUCAGAAGAACUCUAGUGUUCCAAAAUUAUGGUAUAAUGAAGAGAUCACUGGAAUUAGUCAAAGGACCUCAAUUUGAGUUCCAGUUUUGACAUCUGCAUAAUCUUGUGAAAGACACCAACGCAGUUCCUUAUCUAUAAAUUGGGGGAAAUACCUACCUGCUUUGCCCACAAGAUGGUUGUGAGGAAGACAUUUAAUGAAUGAAAAGCAUUAUUAAAAUGUGUACACAAAAGUACUCCUGUUAAAAGAAGACAGUUUUCAGGAAAAACAUUGUUUUUGUAUUUUAAAAUUCUUAUAAUUAGUUUUGCAUAGAAAACUUGUUUCAGCAUAACUGUAGCUUCACUGCAACUAUGUUUAUUCUUUGUUUCUAACUUUUUUAAGGAAUAAUAAAAUAGCUCAUUCAAGAAGAAA